AUGACAUCCAGCCUCAACCAGCAGGGGGCGCAAGAAGAGGCGCCGGGGGACGUCACCUUCCGCGCGGGAGCGCCUCAACUGGUCCGGGCACAGGCCGCGGGCGCUCCCUCCUCCCCGCGCACCCCUCUGGCCGCCAGCGCCCCGAAGAUCGAGCUAUCCCCGAACCCCAGCGUCGGGCCGUCGCCGCUCGGAUCCCCGACCGGCCCCGCCGCGGCGGAGGACCGGAUCCAAGUAUGCAUCCGCGCCAGGCCGCCCAACGGACGGGAGCGCGAGAUAGGCUUCCGGAACUGCCUUCAGAUCGGCCAGAGCGGCACGGACAUCGUCCUGCAGCCGUCGGGCGCGGCGCCGCCGCACCCGUUUGCGUUUGACCAUGUCCUGGGCGCGGAGACCGGCCAGGACAGGAUGUUCCGCGUGGCGGGGCGGCCGGUGGUGGAGAACAGCUUGAUCGGGUACAACAGCUGCAUCUUCGCGUACGGACAGACGGGGUCCGGCAAGACGUACACCAUGCUCGGCCCCGCGAGCGAGGGGGAGGACUUCUUCCAAGACACCCCCCUGUCGCCGCACCAGCACCCAGACCGGGGCCUCACGCCGCGCGUGUUCGAGCACCUCUUCCAGCGAAUCAAGGCCAAGGAGCGCUCCGAGGGGCGCCGGUUCUCCGUCACGUGCAGCUACGUCGAGAUCUACAACGAGGGCCUGACCGACCUGCUCGCGCCCGGGGCCGCGCCGCUGCAGAUCCGCGAGGAUUUCACGAGGGGCGUGCGCGUGGAGGGGCUGUCGGAGGAGACGGUGCGCAACGCGCACGACGUGGCGCGGCUGAUCACGCAGGGCUCGGCGAACCGCCGCGUGGGCUCCACCGAGAUGAACAAGGAGUCCUCCCGCUCCCACACCGUCUUCAUCUGCUACCUCGAGAGCUCCCACACCACCCCCGACGGCGUCACGCACCGCCUGUCCUCGCGCCUCAACCUGGUCGACCUGGCCGGGUCCGAGCGCCAGAAGGACACGCACGCGCGCGACGAGCGCCUCCGCGAGGCGUGCAGCAUCAACAAGUCCCUCUCCGCCCUCGGACACGUCAUCAUGACCCUGGCGGAGGUGGCAAAGGGCAAGGUCCGGCACAUCCCGUACCGUGGCUCGCGGCUCACGUUCCUCCUCCAGGACUCCCUUGGCGGCAACUCGCGCACCGUGAUGAUCGCGUGCGUCUCGCCGGCGUCUUGCAACCUCGGCGAGACGCUGUCGACGCUGCGGUUCGCGGCCAGCGCCAAGUGCGUCCGUACGCGGGCCGUCGUCAACGAGGACGCCGCGGGCGACGCGCGCGCGCUGCGCGCCGAGGUCGCGCGGCUCCGGCAGCAGAUGGCCGAGUACAAGGACCUGCUCGCGCGGCGCGGGCUCAGCGGGUCGCCGCUGCCGGCGGCGACGCCCGCGCCCGGGCGAGCGCUCACGCCUGCGACGGCCACGCCGGCGUCGCCGUCGGUGCGCGACCGCGCGCUCCUGCACGCGCUGCGUCGCGAGGCGGAGGCGCGGUCCGCAGCGGAGCGCGUCGCUGCGGAGCGCGAGGAGCUCCGCGCGCUGGUGGCGGCGCGCACGUCCGAGCUGCAGCACACGCGGAUGGCGCUCAAGCUCCGCGAGGCGAGCCUGCAGCGCCGCGGCGACGCGAGCACGGACGAGCGCGUGCGCGUGCUGCAGGACGAGCUGGCAUCGCUGCGCAAGGUGCUGCAGGUGCCGCCUGAGGCGGUGGCGCUGAACGUCGAGCUGCAGGGUCUGCGGGCGCGGCUGGCGGAGAUCGAGGCGUUCAGCGAGCCCGGGGCGCGCGAGCGGCUCCAGGAGGAGAUUGCCACGCUGAGCGACCGCGCGCGCACGGCCCUCGAGGACAAGGAGGCCCUCGCGCGGCAGCUGCAUCGCUUCCGGCACCUCUCUACGCCGUUCCGGUCCGCCGGGAAGGCCGCGACGCCGCCGCGCAGCGAGGGCCGCGCCAGCGACGGCGCCGGCGACAUGGACGUGGACGGCGACGGCGCGAGCGAGGCGGCGCCCGAGGACGCGGGCGAGGCGGCGCGGCGCGGCGAGGCGCUGCAGGUCGAGGUCGACGCGCUGCGCGCCGAGCUGGGCGAGAAGUCCGCGGCGCUGGCGCAGGCCAUGGUGGAGCAAUUCCGCGACCAGGCGGUGGCGGAGGAGUCGGAGCGGCGGGCGUGCGAGCUGCACGACGCGUUCGAGCGCGCGACGGCGGAGCUCGUGCAGGCGCGGCAGGCGCUCGCGGAGGCGCGAGGGGAGGUGGUGACGCUCAAGGCCCGCCUGGGCAGCGUGGAGGCGUCGGACGCGGAGGCGCAGGAGACGGCGCGGUCGCAGGCGACGCGGCUGCAGCGGCUGGCUGCGGAGCUCGACCAGGCGCGCGGGGGCGUCGUGGCGGCGCGCGAGGACGCCGCGUCGGAGCGCCGGCGCGCGGAGGGCCUGGAGUCGUCGCUGCGCGAGGCGCUGGCGGACGUGGAUGCGGCGCGUGCGGCGGGCGAGGAGGCACGCGGGCAGGCGCAGGGGCUCGAGGAGGAGCUGCUUGCCGCGCAGGAGGCCGUGCGCGACCUCGAGCGGGAGUGCGCGGACGCGGCAGAGCGCGUGGCGGCGAGCGAGGUGCGCGAGGGCGCGCUGCGUGCGGAGCUCGAGGAGGCAGCGCGGCGCGCGACGCACGUCGAGGAGCGGCUGCGGGACGCGAGCGAGGUCCUGGAGCGCGAGCGGGUGGAGGCGGCGCGGCGGGCCGCGGGCGUCGAGGAGCGGCUGAGGGACGCGACGGCGGCGCUGGAGCGCGAGCGUGCAGAGGCGGCGCGGCGCGAGGCGGACGCUGCGGAGGCGGAGCGGCGGGCAGAGGGCGUCGAGGAGCGGCUGCGGGGCGCGAUGGCCGAACUUGAGCGCGAGCGCGCAGAGGCCGCGCGGCGUGAGGCGGACGCCGCGGAGGCGGAGCGCAUGGACCGGUGCAGCGGCGGGGGCCGCGAGGCCCUGCGCGCGGCGCUGGAGGACGAGCGCGCGAAGCACACGGCGGAGCAGCGCGGGAUGGAGCACGUGCUGCGCGCGGAGAAGCGGGCGCGCGAGGCGGCGGAGGAGGCGGCCGCGGCGGCGAAGGCGGAGCUCGCGGCGGCGAAGGCGGAGCUCGCGGCGGCGCGCGAGGCGUUCGAGGCGAUGCCGCGCUGGACCCCGCGGGAGACGAUCAUCGUGACGCCGGCCAAGGGCGCGCGGGCGCCGCCGCCACGGACGCCGAGCCGGGGGCGGGCGACGCCGGCGCGCGCGGGGAGCCCGCGUGCGUCGGUGGAGGAGCUGCGGGCGCGCGCGGCGGAGCUCGAGGGCGAGCUAGUGGAGGUGCGGAGGGAGCGGGACGGGGCGGUGGCGGAGGCGGCGCGGCUCGCGGGGCACCACAACCCGCGGCAGCGGAUCCACGUGCACGAGCGCGUGUGCGAGGAGAACAGCAGGCUGAAGGAGGAGGUGCGGCGGCUGCGGGCGGCGCUGGACGGCCGCGGCGGGACACCGCCGGCCGUUCGGGGAGGCGCGCCGUCUGCAAGCGCGCAUGGGUCGGCGUCAGAGGACUCGGAGGGCGCGACGGAGGCGGGGGGCGCGGGGGAGGAGUCGGCGCCGGUGUCAGCGCGCCCCGGGGGGGUCGUCAAGGUGGAGACGCCGCUGUCGAGCCACAGGAUCACGACGCCCGUGGCCUCGCGGUGCGUCACGCCGGACGCGUCGGCGCCCACUUCGCCGCGCCCGCUCGCCGAGUUGGGCGGGCCGGAGGUGGCGAUGCUGGAGGGGACCACCUCUUGA